UAAUUUGUGCAAAAGAAAAACUAUAACAAAUUGCAAUUUAUUGACACUACAAAAUAAUUCGGAAAGUGAAUAAAACAAGUUAUCAAUUCAAGAUUAAAUAAAGAAAAUAAAUAUAUCAAUUUUAAAAUCGCAUAAAAAUACAAUUUUAGUGAGUGAUUCCCGCGAAAUUCGGAAAUUAAAGCGGUAGCUGGCUUUGAAAUUUGUAGACAACAUGGUGGGCGUAACCGUCGACUCAUCGCAGGCUGCUCAGCUGUCCUCGGCAAAGAAUCCGAUGAUCAAGUAUAUGCUGAAGAAGCGGGAGAAUCAUGCGAGGACCCAGGAUGCGGAUUAUUCCCAUGUGUUUCGCAGAAAGACGCGCUUUGAACUCUUCCGCCUCUCUGCCAUUGCCAUGGCCAUUGAGUUUGCCUAUGCGGCCGAGACGAGUUUUGUAUCGCCGAUUCUGCUCCAGAUUGGCAUCAACCAUGAGCACAUGUCUAUGGCCUGGGGACUGUCGCCAUUGAUUGGAUUCUUUGUGUCGCCGCUGCUGGGCAGCAUCAGUGAUCGCUGCAAGCUGCGUUGGGGUCGUCGACGUCCAAUCAUCUCGCUGCUGUCGCUGGGCAUACUGUGUGGCCUUAUUCUGGUCCCCUAUGGCAAGGAUUUGGGCGUAUGGCUUGGCGAUGUGGGCCACAAUUACACAAAUGCUAGCCAGCUCAAUGGGACGGCGUCUAUGGAGUUGACUGGAGUGGAGGCGGGAUCAACGGCAUCCAAUUUUAAAUACGCUGUGAUUUUAACUAUUCUGGGCAUGGUUCUGUUGGACUUUGAUGCGGACACCUGCCAGACACCAGCCCGCACCUAUUUGCUGGACAUGUGUGUGCCCGAGGAGCAGCCAAAGGCAUUGACCAUGUUUACACUAUUCGCUGGCUUUGGUGGCACCAUUGGAUACGGCAUUGGCGGCAUCGAUUGGGAGACGACGCACAUUGGAGCCUUUCUGGGUGGCAACAUUCCCACUGUGUUUAGCCUGGUGACAAUUAUCUUUGUGGUCUGUUAUCUCAUAACGAUAACCACGUUCCGUGAGAUUCCACUUAAGCUUAUCGAGCGCGACGAGCUGCUGCGUCCUCUCUCCGAUGUGGCCAUCAAGAAGGAGCUGAAGAAGAACAACAAUGCCAUUUACUACAUACAGGAAACAACCACACUGGAACUCCAAAUGGCCAAUGACUUAACGGCAUCGGAGCCCAUUCAGGGAUACCAAAAUAGCUAUAUUCCAGCGUUAACCGACAAGCUCAAGGUGCAGGAUUUGGAGACACAAUCGGAGGCUGAUCCACCCGUCUCCCUGCGCGCCUAUCUCAAGAGCAUCUUCAUAAUGCCGCACUCCAUGCGAAUGCUGGCGCUGACGAAUCUAUUUUGCUGGAUGGGGCAUGUCACCUAUUGCCUGUACUUUACAGAUUUUGUCGGCGAGGCCGUGUUCGGUGGAGAUCCUACAGCACCACCCAAAUCGGAGGCUCUGUUGCUGUAUGAGGAAGGAGUACGCUUCGGCUGCUGGGGCAUGUCCAUCUACGCCUUCUCCUGCUCCAUUUACUCGCUGUCUGUGACCAAGUUGAUGAAAUGGUUUGGCACCAAGGCAGUUUAUAUCAGCGGCAUGGUUUACUAUGGCAUCGGCAUGUUGAUUCUCGGUCUGUGGCCCACCAAGUGGGGAGUUCUGGUUUUCAGCACCUCGGCAGGAAUACUCUAUGGCACACUCUUCACCAUGCCUUUCAUUCUGGUGGCCAAUUACCACGCCAAGAAUUGUUUCCGUGUACAUAAUGGUGAGACGGUGCCAUUGAAGCAGGCUCGUGGUCUGGGCACCGAUGUGGCCAUUAUCAGCAGCAUGGUCUUCAUUGCCCAACUGAUUGUCUCGGUUAGCGUUGGCCCACUUGUGGCCUGGAUGGAAACCACAUGCGCUAUUCUAUAUGCCUCAACAUUCUUAUCCUUCGCCGCUGCAAUUGCUGCGAUGUUUGUGUUGUAUGUCUAGCAAAGUGAAUAGUAUUGAAUUUAACUCUUUUUAUCAUACACAUGAAUUUCAUUUAAUUAAGAACACAAAAACGAGAAUAGCGUUAAUAUAAAAAGUUGAUUGCCUACUUUUAGGCAUAGUUAAAUAUAUUCUAAUAAAUUUAAAUAGCAUA